UUUAUCUUGACUUUUUGAGUUUUAUAGGUUUUCUCGCUAAACCAUCUAGUUUACACGCUUGUCAAAUAAACAUUAUUAAAGUUAACUGAGAAAUAAACGCAAACAUUAUGUCUGAAUCCACAUCCACACAAUGUAUAUAAGACCUAAGUCAACCAUUAUAAAACCAUAAUUAUAAACCCGGCCAAUAAUGGAAAUCCCUUACCUAUAUAUCUCACUCAUUAUCCUUCUACAAAACGUAUGCACAUUACUCUAUGUGGACAAACAUUAAACAUAAUUGUCAAAUAAACCCAUACACUUUCAUACUUGAAGUGCACAAACAUUAAACGUAAUUGUGAAAUAAACGCAAACACAUCUACAUCCACACAAUGUAUAACCACACAAUGUAUAACCACACAAUGUAUAUAAGUCCAAAAUCCAUUAUUAAUACAAAAACACAAUUCUUUAGAAAAACAAUGGAGAUCCCUUACCUAUACAUCUCACUCAUUAUUCUUCUAUCAUGCUAUCUCUUCACCACCAUCUUCCGUCGCAAAACCACCAAUCUUCCACCAACCAUCUUCCCAUUCCUCCCGAUAAUAGGCCAUCUCUACCUUUUAAAACCACCACUCUACCGAACUUUCGCCAAACUUUCAUCCAAACACGGCCCAAUCCUUCAUUUCAAAUUUGGAUCCCGCCCUGUCCUCUUAAUAUCCUCUCCUUCUUUAGCCGAAGAAUGCUUCACUAAAAACGACAUAAAUUUUGCAAACCGACCUUUUAUGCUAUUUGGUAAGAUUAUAGGAGACAACUACACUACUCUUGUAUGGUCACCUUAUGGGGAUAAUUGGCGCAACCUAAGACGUCUAGCUUCCAUUGAAAUACUAUCUACUCAUCGUCUUAAUGAGUUCCAUGAUACUCGUAUCGAUGAAGGCAAGCAUUUGAUACGUAAGCUAGUAAAUCUAAAUGAAGUAAACAUGAAGUCCGUUUUUAACGAGUUGACAUUAAAUAUAAUGAUGAGGAUGAUAGCCGGGAAAAGAUAUUUUGGUGGUGAUAUUCCUGAAGUGGAAGAAGAAGGGAAGCGGUUUAGGGAGAUAGUAGACGAAACUUUUUUGCUUUCCGGAGCAUCAAAUGCUAGUGAUUAUUUGCCAUUUUUGAGAGUUUUUGGAAUAAAAGGAUUGGAAAAAAGAUUGGUCAUGUUGCGAAAGAAAAGAAAUGUUUUCUUUAAGAAACUUAUUGAGCAACUCAGGGCUUUGAAAGUGAGUAACAAGCAAAAGGAGAAGAAGAACAUGAUUCAAGUAUUACUAUCUUUACAAGAAUCAGAUCCGCAGUAUUAUACUGAUGAAAUGAUCACGAGCUUUGUGAUGGUCCUAUUAACAGCGGGCACUGACACCUCAGCCGGAACAAUGGAAUGGGCCAUGUCUCUUUUGUUAAACAACCCUCAAACUCUACAAAAGGCACAAAAUGAGAUUGAUAGACACGUUGGCAGAGAUCGGCUUGUUGAUGAGUCAGACUUAAAUGAUCUACCUUACCUUCGUUGUAUUAUAAACGAGACAUUACGAUUAUACCCUGCAGGCCCGUUACUAGUACCUCACCAGUCAUCUGAAGACUGCAUUGUUGGAGGCUAUAACGUCCCACAAGGGACCAUGUUGUUAGUUAAUCAAUGGGCAAUACAUCAUGACCCCAAAUUGUGGACCGACCCUGAAAUGUUCAACCCAGAAAGAUUUAAAGGGCUAGAAGGGACUAGAGAUGGGUUUAAGCUGAUGCCAUUCGGGUCAGGUAGGAGGAGUUGUCCAGGGGAAGGGUUGGCAGUCCGUGUGAUGGGGUCGACUUUAGGGUUACUAAUUCAAUGCUUUGAUUGGGAAAGGCCAAGUGAAAAGUUAAUCGAUAUGACCGAGGGUCCAGGACUUACUAUGCCAAAGGCUGAACCGUUGGUUGCCAAGUGCAAACCCCGGCUAGAGAUGCAGAAUCUAUUGUCUCAGUUGUGAGGUUUACUUGUACAGUUGUACUCAAUCUUACUCUUCCAAGAUCAGUCUAUGAAAUGCAUCUGCCAAUGAUGGGAAUUACAUAUAUUUAUGUUGUAUAAUGUGAAAUGUAUAUUGUAUAAUUAAAUAAAUUGUAGACUUAGUCACAAAACUUUAAUUGCAGCUUUCAGGUUAAGUAAUA